ACUUCUCAAUUUCCUCUAAUCUCAAAUACCUUUUUCUGCAUCGUCGAAAUGUCUGCAAUUACCUUGUCUAUUACUCCGGCGAUGCCUCGCCAGACUCUUUUUCCCGUGACGCGUAGUAACCGUCGUACACUCCAGCGGACUAAGCUGAGUGCCUUGAACAAACUCAAUGGAAGCGUCGGAUCGACCCCACUUAAGCGUACAAUUUCCUUCGACUCUGACGGGGAGAACGUCAAGCCUUGUAUCAAGUCCGAGCCCACUAAGCGGAAGCGCUCUGUGGGAGAUGAGGGACAGCUGUCAGAGUCUCCCAAGACCAAGGCCAGCCGCACCGAACCGACCAUCUGGGUCGGCGAGGAGAAGGUUUCUAGCCCCUUGCCAAAGGGCUUGGACUCACUCGUACCAGUUGAUCGAGACUUCAAGACCAAACCGAAAUCAGCCAAGGCCUUUGGACGUCGCUCUAAGCUGGCCCCGCUCUUCCACGAGUCUGUCCGCAGGAAUGCGGCUAAUGUUAGCAAGAAAUCCAUUGAGCCUCUUCGAAAGCCCGUUCCUGCUAGCUGGAACUUCGAUAUCCAUGUCGACACUGAAGUGGAAGAGGCCACUAACUUGAUGGAGCAUUCUGCCUAUCGACUUGAUAUCAGCGACGGCGAGGGGAAGACUCUUUUCGACGAUCGUGACAAGGAGAACAUCCCUCCACAUGAGCUUGGUAUCUCUUUGCCAACUACCGCUCAGCCAGUCUCCAUGGCCUCUCGCAAGAAUAUGAUGGCUCAAUAUCGCACUCCACUUAGUGAGUUGGAAGUUGCCGAUUACUAUAGUGAGGGCCUUCAUGCUCUCUCCUGUGAGGUCAUUCAGGAGGAUACUUAUAUCAAAGGACCAUCCACACAGGUGAGGAUGGCACUCAAUACACCAGACCGACUCCAACCGUUCUCUGUUUGGCAGUCUACCCAGGCUAGACGUCAGUCCAAGGAUAUUCCGGUUCAGGAAAUCAGCGCAUCCGCAUAGGUCUUUACCCUCGCAAUCCGGAAGCUUCACUAUUUUUUUGCUUCGAUCAUUGCUCUCCACGGUGUUUCAUGUUUUUGGGCUUGGUUUUAGCAUCGGCGUUAGGGUUGGGCGGUAUAUUGUGAUGUUCCAAAUACCCUGCGCGAUUAAUUCUUGAUAUUUUUUUCCGUCUUUUCCGUUGUCUGUGGUAACCUGGAUUGUGUGGGUGGUGUUUCAUCACUUGUCAAUAUUGUUCUAUCAAUUCUGAGGUAGUCAGAACCCGGCCCAGAGGUGUCUCUCCUUCAGCUAAGGUGCCUAACACUCCUCGCUAAGUUGAUACACAUUUGUCGGUCAACUUAGGCUUGCGUUUGAUUGUCUCUCCAUACCGGAGUAGAGCGUCCGCAGCUAUUAUGCUGACUUGUUUGAAUUUAUUGACAAUGGGUUUUGAACUUGGUUUUUAUCUUUCUUGGAACUAGCGGAGUUCUACUUUUGAUUAUUGCAGGCGUCAUGCACUUCUUGUCUUCGAAUGAUAUGAGUUUGUUUCCUGAAAGACGUCCUGUUUUGUGCGAUUAGGCUGUCGAGAUGAAAAUGUUACGGGAAAUGAGGGUACGAAAGUUUGUUAUGAAUAUGAUAUGUUACGUACGACCUUGACCUUCUGCUGCUUGUCCUGUGUCUAGUGCUAGUAGUGCGAGUGUUUACAAUAGAGGCCUUGAAUCGGUCG